CACCGGUACAGCAGUACACUGCCUUCUAGUUAUCCCCUAUAAAUCUCAAGAGUUUAAUCUUUACUGUUACCCACCGAUCAUUCAUCGUACACAUCAUGUGGUCCUGGGACACGCAGCCUAAUUCGCACGCCCAACGCAAGUUCAUCGAACUUAUAUUGGAUCGAACUGGAAAGUAUCCCAACUGGGACCCGCCCUCGGAGAUUCCAGUUGGGUCAUACGGAAGGAUUGACAAAGCCACGGGCAAUUUGAUCCCCCAAGGCUCUAUAUACUCAGAUGAUUUCAAGGAUCAUCUCAUUGAUGCAGGUAUCAACAUUGAGUCUGGCGAGCAUCUUCCCGAAGAAUGUCCAGAAGAGCCUGAGUUCACAACCUGGUCUAAAAAUGUCAAACAAAUUGAAUUGAAUGUCGAUUCUCAAAGAAAUGUCCCUGAGAUCGACACAGCUGCAAUUAAAGGGACAUGGCAAGUUAAGAAAGGCACCACUGGUGCCGUCUUGCUCAUGAACAAGCCUCGUACGAAACGCAUUACUUCAGACGCCGUAGGGAAACUCGCGACACUUCACCUCUUUCAAUCCAUGCGCCUCGUUACCAAAGCCGUCUAUUGCCCUGCCUUUUCCAUGUACCUUUCAGAUACAAGCGGUGAAAGUUUCUCCAUAGCUCUUCUAGAUUCCGCGCCUAAUGCGGAGCCUGUGGGAACGGUUGACCCCAUGGCUACUAUGAGAUGGUGGAGUGACACACAAACUGGAUUAACACGCAACGGAUGCAAGACAGAGCAUUGCUACUCCCCUUUAUAUGAACUUUUGCAUGUGAGGCACCCUCGUAACAGGCGAGCGACGCCAUCCCCAAUACGCACAGGUGAAAUGUUAUGGAUAGCCUCUCCCGUCCCGUGGGCGCCUCUUCGUGAGGAUGGCACAGAGGUGCCGAUAUACAUCCACAAUUCGGAUUCCAGCGACUCUGAGCCGGAAGACGACAUCCACGUUCACAGUAACGAGCAUCUGUAGCGUUUGUGGUAAGAUAGUACACGAUGAGCCUGUGUCAUAUUGUAAUAUUAAGACUUUCGUAAGUACGCUCUCGAUGCACCAGUCUAUACCUUGGUUUUCGCAACAAAAAAAUGGUCAGUAGUAUCUACCAGAGUACAACGAGCAAAGAAGGGGGAAGUAUGAGGUAGUUCGAGCAAAAAAAGCAACGUGAACACCAACGAUCUUUUGUCGACAAGCGAGAGCAGGAUCGAGUUUCAAUGCGUAAAACGUAUCCGACCUCUUACAAUAUCGGCUCUCCGGGUGCAGAGUGCGACUGAAUGACAUCUUGCAUCUAAAGGGAAGUCCAUGAUUGUCAGCACCGGGAUAUGAU